GGAGAUUUUAACUGUGUGACGUUGGGCAUGGGCGAGUGAGAAUAGCGCCGGUCCUCGACUGUCAGAUGAGCUAACGUGUCUUUAUUUCGCUUCCCACGGAAUGCCGUUCCUCAUGCCCAUGCAUGUGGUAUUUCUGAAAGUGUCAGAAUGACCGCUGUGGGAAUCCGUCCAAUAGAGCACUUCUGCUCAUAUUCCUCGUAAAUGGAGCCCCCUGUCCCCCAUUCUCUGUCCUUUUAUCUAGCACUUUUCUUUCUCCCUCACAGGGUGUCAGGCUGUGUUAACAAUGAAUCAAUCUUUGGGGGCAUUCUUUGACUGCCGAUGGGGUGAAGAAGGGACUGGGAUGCAUGGCUUUGCCUCUUUGUCUGUCAGCCCCGGUGCUCUCAAUAAUUCAUUAACUUAUCGCUUUUUCUCAUGAGCCUGAGAAAAGUCUGUCUAUGGUGGCAAAUUCUUUGCUUACAUAAAAGGUCGAUCAACUUUUGACUGCUCAGAAUUCGGGGUGUCACUGAAAUGCGGCUGUUGAUUUGUUGGGUGUUUGAUGGUAUCGUGGACAUUUGGGAGUGCUUUUAAACUCAUGCAUUCAUUCGACUACACGCAUUUCCCACAUGCAUGUUUGGAUUCCUGGCCUUCCAUUGACUAUGUUUUGUGUACCACUGCAAUAACUGCAAAUAUGGCACUGAUAGAUGGACAUUUUUGUAAUGUUAAGCCGACUGUGGUGUGAUUCCAUUUUCAUUUCAAGCGGUAUGAAAUGACAUGUUGGUUGAAACGCAAAUAUUCUAACUUGAUGUCUAGUCGUUUUAUCAAAUAAGGUCACAUGCCUUUCUUCUGUAAGACUCCAUGUUUGAGCGCUAUCACAAGAGGUGGUAAAAACAGGGAUGGAUCAUGCCGCUUCUAUUUUGGAGAGCUGUCACCAAUCUGUUUUUGUCAGACCACAUUUUUUUUCACUGAUGUUUGAAUAGAUAGAAUUCCUUUCGUGUUACUCUGUUUCUCCGUAGAGACCGAGCGACCGGGAUGAAGAUAAGUUUCAUUUGAAGCAACAGGCAGUCAGUAACGUGGCGUGUGUUCCUUUUAAGUUUUAAAGGACCGUUCUGCAGGAUUUGGGGAUUUCUAUGCAGGCAAGAAUGCCUUGAGGCUAAAUUACCUGUCUAACAGAAAGUGUGGAACUUGAGUGUUACACUGAAUCACACGGUUCCUGGCCUGCGAUCUCACAUUGGAAACCGUGCAACAAUGUCUGUCCUUAUCUGCUCAGUCCCCGUUUCAUUCUCCUGCUUUGUUUUCAUGUGCUUUUCUUCUGCUUUUUAUUGCAACUGUGGGGUCCUCCGUGCUGUUCUACUAGAACAGGGGUCACAAACGUGGUGACCAGGUAGCCCCCACGACCACAUGAGGUGCCCGCAAGGCUGCUUUUCAUUCAGUUGUUCAGUUAAUAAUGAAAGAACAGUAGAAGGAAAUGCAUUGUGAAAUACAACAUGUGAGUUGUGGACACCAGCAUUUUGUUCAUGUUCUGGUAAAACAAGCAUAUUCACUUUGUUUGGCUUUAAAAUAAGCUCUGAACAUAAAUGUUACAAAAAUGAGUAGCUCUUGGCCAUUUUCAUUUUGUAAAAGUAGCUCUCACAAGGAAGGACGUUGGUGACCCCUGAUCUAGAAGGACACAUUGACAUCAGCCUGCUAUUCAGCGGAAACGGAUCAGAAAAGUCACUUGCUUGUUUGAGACUUGUUCUUGAUCAAUGAAACAUAUUCAUUGCACUUUUAUUCAAUCACAACCCCUCCUCCUCCUAAAGUUCAGUCGACUUGACCUUAAAUGACCACCGUGCAGAUGAGCACAGUCAGUCGUCGUGACAACGUGGCUGAAAGGAAUGCCUGAUAGUGUGAGCUGAUUGAAAUGUGACUCCCAGGCUUCUUGUCAGGCCGCAGUACGAGGCGGUUGACAACUCGUCAAGAAAAACACACGUGUGUUGUCCAUUCAUGGCCGUUGUCAAGUGUUUCGUGUUGGUCAUUGAAAGCCUGGAAGUCAAACGUGAGUUCGUAGAGAAGAAAUGUGGCAGUGGUUUCUCUUGAGCUUUGGCGUUCCGCUGGUGCUCUUGAUUGUCCUCAACAGGAGAUGACAGCACACUGAAGUUGCCCAGAGACCCUGGAUGGCGCUGAGCUGGGGGUUUUACACACCAAGGUGCUGAUAUGCUCUGACGAUGAGCGGCAUAGGAGACAACUCACUGGAGCCGCUGUGCUCUGACCGUAAACGUAAACUGUCCACCUGCGACACACCGGGUAUAGGGUGUGACAAGCGCCGACGGGAGCAGGAGACCAAGUACAUCGAGGAGCUGGCUGAGCUCAUCUCUGCUAACCUGUCUAACAUUGAUAGCUUCAAUGUGAAGCCUGACAAAUGUGCAAUCCUCAAGGAGACUGUGCGGCAGAUCAGACAAAUCAAAGAGCAAGGUAAAAAUCCUUGCAAUGCGGAUGAUGUCCAGAAGGCGGAUGUGUCCUCUACUGGACAAGGGGUCAUCGACAAGGACCACCUGGGACCACUGCUUCUGCAGGCUCUGGAUGGCUUCCUGUUUGUCGUGAACAGAGAGGGCAUCAUCGUGUUUGUGUCAGAUAAUGUCAUGCAGUACCUGCAGUACAAGCAAGAGGAGCUGAUCAACACCAGUGUGUAUAACAUCAUCCAUGACGACGACAGGGAGGAGUUUCACAAAAACUUACCCAAAUCAACUGUACCAAACGGGGCAUCAUGGGCAGGAGAGUCACCCAGACAAAAGAGCCACACAUUCACCUGUCGCAUGUUGGUGAACGUAGUCCACGGCUUGUCAGAAGAGAGGACUGGCGGCCAGCGCUAUGAGACCAUGCAGUGUUUUGCUCUCACUCAGCCCCGGGCCAUGUUGGAGGAGGGGGAAGACCUACAGUCAUGUAUGAUCUGUGUGGCUCGACGCAUCGCAGCAGUGGAGAGGACGGAGCGCUUCAGCACUCGUCACGAGCUGUCUGGUAAACUUAUUGAAAUAGAGCAGCAGAGCACUCUUCACACCACUAUGCGUCCAGGCUGGGAGGACUUGGUGAGGCGCUGCAUGCAGAUGUUCCUCAAUCGAAGCGAAGGACAACCAUGGUCUUACAAACGCCACUAUCAAGACGCUGUCCAUAACGGCCACGCAGAGACGCCACUCUACCGAUUCUCGCUGUCUGAUGGCACCCCUGUCACAGCCCAGACCAGGAGCGACCUCUGCAGAAAUCCCACCACCAAUGAGCCGCACUCCUUUCUAUCCACCCACUUGCUUCAGAGGGAGCAGAAUGGCUAUCGAGGAAACCAGGUGGGAGGCAUGAGGCCUCAAGCCAUGGGUGUGAACAACCCCAACCAACAGAUGAACAUGGCCUAUGGAAUGGCUGACCAGGGAAGCUUGGCCCAAAGGGGAGUGCCUCCUUACACUGGGAGCAACCGCAUGCAUCAGAUGAAUCCCAUGCAUCAGAUGAACAACAUGAAUUCCAUGCAUUCUAUAAACUCCUUGAACCAAAUGGGGCAGAUGAAUCAGAUGGGCCACCAUGGCAUGCACCAGCACCAACACCAGCACCAACAUCAGCACCAGCACCAACAGAUGGGUCAGUUCCACGGAUGUGGAGGAUAUGGGAUGGGAAUGACCAGUCCCCCACAGGCCGGUCCAGGGAUUAAUGCCCCCCUACACAAUGUCAUGGGUUCACCUAGAGUCAGAGGAAGUCCCAAGAUGGGUGCCAGUCCCUUCUCUCCUGGAGGGAUGAACUCUCCCAUGAGCUCCAGUCACCCGGGUAACUCAGGAAGUGGGACCACCACCUACUCCAGCAGCUCACUAAAUGCUCUCCAAGCCAUUAGUGAGGGUGUGGGCAAUCCGUUGCCCUCCCCCCUUACCUCCCCCACCACACACAAGCCUGACUGUUCACCAGGUAUCAGUUCCACCAACCAGGCAGCAGGUGGUCCAUGCAAGCCCAGCGUCCCAUCUCACUGCGACUCAAAGAUCCCGGCCAGCUCAUUGGGGCCACCAGGGGACCAACAGUCUCAGCAGCACUCCCACACGCCCACCGGCGACUGCCCUCCAGACAAACCAGACAGUCAGGCUAGCAGAGAGACGGGACCAAAUAUGGGUGAAUUAAAUCGACGGGGACCUGACAAAACCCACAAGAAGCUUUUGCAGCUUCUUACUUCCCCGACAGAUGAGCUGGCGCCUCCUAAUCACCCAGCAAGCUCCGUGGCGGAUGGCAAAGAAGGAACAACAGGUGUCACCAGCCCUUCCUCCUCAACUGGCGUGUCUUCCUCUACAGGUGGAGGUCAUGGUGCAGUGUCCUCCUCCGGCAAUGCGGGGCAUUUUACAAGUCAGUCACUCCAAGAGAAACACAAGAUCCUCCACAAGCUCCUAAAAAAUGGGAACACUCCAGAUGAGGUGGCUCGCAUCACAGCUGAGGCCACCGGAAAGAGUAGCUUAGAUUCCGGCAUGUCUGAGGUAGGAACCGCAGCCGUCGGAGGAGUUAGAGCAUCAGAAUCAAAGCAGGAGCAGCACAGCCCUAAGAAGGAGAAACCCCAUGCACUCCUCCACUACCUCCUUAAUAAGGAUGACACAAAAGAGGGUGUUGAUAUCAAACCAAAACUGGAAGAGCUAGAGGGGAGAGGAACUCCAGGGGCAGGAGUCACCAGCUCCGAGUCCAACACCAUGGAUAGCAAAGUCAAGCUUGAGCCUUCUGAUGAGACGGAGACCCUGGAGACCAUCCUAGGAACCAGGAAUAUCUCAGGAUUCUACCCAGAGCCCGAUUCCAGAUCAGGAAAAGAUGCAGAAAACAAACAGGGAAAUCUUCCUGACGCUUUACUUGAUGGAGAAGCAUGUGCCAUGGUUCCAGGUCAGCAAGGGCCCUAUAAAAGAACCUUGUCCAUGGAUGCUAAGUCAAUGGGAGGGGAAGGUGGAGGUGGAGGUGGCUUGGCUGGAAGAAGGAAUGUCCCGUGUCCCACACUCAUUAAACAAGAGAACAUGGAUGCUCCAAUCCGACCUGGCGGUAUCCCCAAUGGCUUUCCGCCACGAGGCAAUCCAACAACAGGAGGCAUGGGCAGAGGGAUGGGAAUCCCACAGCGCCCUCCGAUGGCAGGGCCGGGGGAUUGGGGAAUGGUGAGAUCCAACGCCGGCCCUAUGACGGGACCAGGUCACCCAGGUCGCUCUGGCCCAGUGGGCGGACCCAUGAUCAACCGCUCAAGCAGUGUGCCGGGAAACAGCAGGUCUAUUCUGCAGCAACAGCUUAUGGAUAUGGGCACCAAUGAGGGCAAUGUGGGUAUGAGUCCAUUUGGCGGGCACGCCCCCUCACCACACUCCCCUUCUUGGCCGGACUCUGCCAUAGGGAUGGAACGACCGCAGGGUAACACCAACAGGGAACAGUUUGGCAACCCCCUAGACCUUCUGGUUGCCAGCAGCGAGGGACCGAGUGAUGAGCGGGUGCUUCUGGAUCAGCUGGACUCUCUGCUUAAUACUGCUGACAUUAUUGCGCUGCAGGAAAUAGACCGAGCCCUUGGCAUCCCUGAAAUAGUAGGCCAGAACCAGGGACCUGACGGCCAGAAUCAGGGACCGUCUCACUGCGGCCCAUCAGAGCCUUUCUCACGUCCCGACUCGACCAUUGGCAUUGAGCAAAAGCCCAUGUAUGGCCAAGGAUACACCGGGCCAUCCGGACCGCCCUCGAUGGGCAUGCAGCCCGGUUACAGUGGCAACGCGGUAGCCGGCCAAUCUCCAGCAGGAUUCAACCCUGUGAUGAAUCCGAUGGGCCAGACAGGAGGCUUCCCGGGCAUGGGGGGCAUGGGAAACCCCCGUGUAAACAUGAUGAGACCUCGCAUGAUGACUGCCACCAAGCCUCUCAGGCUGCAGCUUCAGCAGAGACUACAAGGACAGCAGUUUAUCAACCAGACCCGCCAAGGAAUGAAGAUGGAAAACACCCCUGGGGGAAACCCUGCCAUGCGUGCCAGCAUGCGCCCUGGCAUGCAGCCUGGCAUGCAGCAUGGUAUGCAAUCUGGGAUGAGUGGUCAGCCGGGUUUCCUGAACGCUCAGAUGAUGGCCCAGCGCAGCAGGGAAAUGAUGACCAUGCAGAUGAGGAAGCAGCGGAUGCUGAUGCUGAUGCAGCAGCAGACGCAGACACAGGGGGCAGCAGCAGGAUUCAGUCCUCCUCCAAAUGUCACCGCACCAGGAGGAAUGGACAACGCCAUCGGAGGUCCUGCCAUGACCAAGCCAGGACAGCCGGGAUUCAACUAUGGAGGUAACUAUGGGAUGAACCAACAGGGGGAGCCGUCAUUUAUGGCUCCAGGUAGCAGCCCCCCAGAAAACAUGAUGGCAGCACGGAUGGGAGGGCCUUCUCAGAACAUGAUGCCAGGAAUGCAAGGAAAUCCCCAGGGGGGGUCCAUGUACCCAUCAGGAGAUAUGAAGGGCUGGCCGCCGGGUGGAAUGCCUCGUAAAAACUCCUACCCCCAGCAGCAGUUCCCACAGCAGGCCAACCCGGGCCAGUUUGGGAACAUGAUGAUGAACAGCUCCAUUGGCAGACCCGGUGCAGUCGGUGGGGGCGGCUCGGCACAAAUGGGCCAGAUGCAGACUCCAAUGCAGGGGCCCAUGCAGGGCCAGAUGGGCAUGAACCCCAUGGGAAUGGGUCGCAUGCCGAUGGGUCCUGAUCGGGUAGAUGAGGCUAAUUCUGCUGAUGUUGCACGACACUUCUCCUCACCUGUUAUCUCUUGGCAGAAGUAUUGCUGAGGACGUGUGGAGCCCCGGCCAGAAGGGUCCUGAAGAGUCCCUGAAAACACACACGCCUUCUCCAGCGUCAAACGCGGCACCAACGUAACACAACACACUGCUCAUCCAAGAGGAAGUUUGCCCUGAGGAUGACUGUGCCAGGUUUUAUCUCCAACUGAAGCCUUGUGUGUAUGCUUGCGUGCGUGCAUGUGUGUAUGUGUGUGUGUGUGUGUGUGUGUGUGUGUGUGUGAGACUGUUGAGCAGAACGGGAUGACGGUACAACUGUCUCUGGCUGCACUUUAACCUGGAGGUUUCUGUAUGGAAUCCAUGCCUUCACAACCAUGGCUUUCCUUUUUCUAAUGUUCUUUUCUUCCAUUGGUCUGGAUGUUCAAGUCAUUGGAAGCUAAAAGCACACGCUUUACUAGCAUAUGCAGAUCGGAGCAAUAACGUGUGUGUUCUUGGACACCGUAACCGAGCAUCAAACGAACGGUACUGCAGUAUUAGAUGUUUGUGAAUAUGAAUUGUAAAUAGUCUGCAAAAUAUAUCAAACAUAAUUUUAAAGGCCUAUUAUUGCACAGAGUCAGACUUGCUUGUAUUUUUGUGUCUAGGAGGUCAAAGCUGAUUUGUUUAUUUUCCCUGAUCCUUUCCAAAUGUGGCAGGUCUGAUGGGCUCUCCCUUCCCUUGUUUGUCUUUUUUUUAAGGGCUGUAUUUUUUUAUUCUCCGACAACAUGUGUGUAUUCCAUGUGUUAGUGAGGCACUUUUAAAUGUGACAUGGAUCUGACAAACUCAAGGUUUGUUUUUUUGUUCUUUUUGGAAGUUUUUUUUUGGACUGUUGGUCGCGUAAAGCUAUUUUAUUGGGUGGCGUGCGAGAUGUGUGUCUCACUGCAGCACAAUGAAGACGAGAACAACAACGCUUGUGGUCCUUGCAGUGUUCUCCUUCCUGCUUCGUUUCCAUGGAGUGUAUUUUUUAGCCAUUUUCUUUUGGACUCCGAUUCUACCUGUUCAACAUGCACAAUCCAAAGAGAUUUUCCCGCAUCUUUGUAUCGCUUCUCAAGGUUUCUGGUGUACAUUCUAUGAUAUACAUGAUUUAUGUGAAUGGUAAAUGGGUACAUAUCACAGCUCUGUCAGCGCGUGCAAUGGUUAUGUCAUUUAGGCUAAAGUUGUUGUGCAGCAAUGAGCUCUCGGCGUAGUGGAGAAAGGACUGGAAACUCCUCGCUGCGUAAGGUUUCCCAACCCAAACCAGAAGAGUCCACCUCAAGGCAUAUCAAUAGCUCAUCUAUUUUUUUAAGAAACAACUUCAUUUUAUGGCCAGAUUUUGUUACUUUGGGGGCUGGGGAAAUAACUUUUUAAUGUUUGAAUGAAGUGCAAAGAGAUGCAAGAGAUCCUUUAGCUGUUUGAGGUAUGAAAAGCUGUCAUUUUUACAGGAUGUUUAUUACAGAUUUUUUUUCCCAGUUGAUGUUGAUAUUGAUGUAAAUACAAAUUUCUAUUUAAACACUUUGAUUGUGGACCCCUGAUUAUCAGCGGGCACAUCACCUGGUAUAUUAUGUUUACAAAAUAAACGAACAAAGCCACUAUGUGUCAAGUUAUUGAUGGGAAAAUAUG